AUGGUAAAAACUGAGGUACAGGCCGUGACUGACAGACUCCAAGCUACUGAAGAAGACAACACAGAGGUGAAGCAGGGUAUGACCACACAGGGAGAAUUCAUGCUGCAACUGCAAAAACUACACUCUCAGCUUGCCAUCAGAAUGGAGACACUAGAAAACAAGGGGCGACAGAAAAUAUUAAAAUCCACAGAGUGGCAGACUCUGGUCCUGCAGAUGAGCUACCUCACCUUCUCAGGAGGCUCCUAUCUUCUGUUUUGCCUUCAAAGCUCUCCAAGCAGUUCACAUGUGAUGGCCUGUACCACAUCUCAACAUCCUCCCAGGCACCAUUUAAAGUCCCACGGGACGUCAUCCUUUGCUGUCAGAACUUCACUAACAAAAAACGGCUACUACAUGCUCUACAGGGCAAAACCCCGCUUCUAUUCGAGAAUAAUACCUUCAAAGUUUUCCAGGAUCUGAGCAUAGCUUCACUGUGGCAAAAAUUCAUGCGACCUACACUCAGACCCUGCAGAAGGCUGGAUGCAUAUCGGUGGACCUACCCUAAAGAUGGUGCUACUCACAAAGCAUUAGGGCAAUGGGAGGGCCUGAACAUCCUGCAAGCCUUGGGCCUUUCUAAAACACAACGAUCUCCACCCACAAACCAUGUUUGGAAUGUCUCAUGGAUCGCUUUGAUUGUUCCUGGAAGAGCUGGGGACUUUGUGACCUCAAUGCUUGACCACCUUACUAACCCAGUUGGCUCUUUUAUUUAA